CGGCACUGUGUGUUGUUCCACGGCACUGUGUGUAUGGCAGCUAAAUAUGAAUUGAUAUGUUAAAUUGUAAUAAAUGUUGUGUCUACAUAAAAUAGGGAUUUAUACAAAAUACUACCAUCCUGGAUAAAACGGCUCAUACUACGUUGCUUACCGCAUAAGACUAUUACCGAAUACAUUAGCGCACUAUUGACAACCGUGUAUUUACAAUUUGCUUAACCUGGAUAUCAUUUGAAGGUGGCGAUCAGACAGCAAGGCUGCACGUAUCUAACAUCAAUGUGCUGAUACUGCAUCUGAUAGUUCAAGAGACAGUCAUCGCUCGAUCCUUGGAUAUUCGUCUCUUAUUGAAAGAAGAAGACUGAAUUUAUCAACAUGAUGCAAACAAGAUGGAGUACGAAAACCUGGUUCCUGCUGUUCGUAUGCUUGAACAGCCUCUGUAUAUUCAUAUAUGUACACUUUAUCCACAAGUGCCCACAACCAAUCAAAACAAGUCUACAGACACCAAAGAUCACGUGUCCAACGUCAAAAUGUCCGCCGCCACAGAAUAAACUGAAACCUAUAUAUGUUUGUAUAGAAGAUCCAGAAUUAUUGAAAGAAACCGGUUUAGAAAAAGUGGAAUUUUUACCAUUCAAUGGUGCCACACCUAAGGAUUGCCCGAGAAACGUUUUGUUAAAAGAGACGCGUCUUAACGUGGACGAACAGAGUCGUUUUAAAGAAUGUGUAAAGAAUUAUGAACCUGACUGUAAAGCAGCCCACGCGAAAUUUUGGUCCGGUGAUAAUCAAUAUAUUCGUCAUCGCCAUCAUACAUAUCUGACCUCUCAAAGCUUAAUCAUUGAUGUCGGAGGUAAUGUCGGAGAGGACGCGGAGUAUUUAAUUAAACACCACAAUCCAAAACAUUACGUGAUGUUGGAACCACUAAAGCUUCUAUUUAGGAACCUUGUCAAGAAAUUUGAAAACAGACGUAAUGUUGUGAUGUAUAAUUUUGGCUUGGCUAAAAAGAAUGACGUAUUCAUGGUUAGUAUAGAGGGUAAUGAUGGAGAUGCGACAUCACCUUUCCUGGCAAAGACUACAGACGGCACUUGUUCUCUGAAGGUUGUCAAUACUACGGUGUUUCUAACGACGUUAGGAGUUGGUUGUUACGAUGUGGAUUUACUCACGAUUAAUUGUGAGGGGUGCGAGUAUGAUGUGUUGGAAUCUAUACUCGCUACGUCACUCAUCAAUAGUUUUAAACACAUCCAGUUUGCCACACAUACUAAAUUGGCAAGUCUGGUUGACCCAGUGAACAGGUACUGUAGGAUCCAGGAACUUCUAAAAAGGACUCACAGAAUUAGCUAUAGCUACAAGUUUAACUGGGAGACCUGGACGAGGCUGAACGUCUCUGUAUAACCUGCCCCACCAAUUAUGAGUUGUUGCUGACAUUUCAUUUUUUCAUUAUACCUAGAUUUCAAGACGAUAUUCAUGAACCCUGGACCUGCUUUUACCAUUAAGAAACCUUAACAAAUUAGUGGCAAAUCCAUCGGGUGAGGCCCCGCAAAUAUAGUCUAAUUAAAAAUGACGGCUUUGAGGUAUGCUUGGGAAAUUUUCUUCCCCUUCAGGCCAAACUUGAUCCGCCACAGGGGUAAAUACACAAAAAAAGGGGGAAAAAGGUCAAGGCCUUAUUCCACAUUUUAACAUAUUUUGAUGUACAUUCGAUUUUAAUGUGUCACACAUGAUCGGUAUAUCAUUAUUAUUAAAAGUGUUUUACCUUAAAGUUCCAGUGUGUUCUAUAACUUAUUACGAAAAGGCAAAGCCUUAAAAGAGCGACUACUGCCCCGCUGAGUUGUUUCACCUUUUCUCAAACCGGAAAUAGAAGUGCAUUAUAUGUGAAUCUAUGCCCCCUGCAUGUAGGCUGCUGGUAACUGCUGUCCAGAUUUUCGUGCCAUGUCUGUAACCGUGUUGCUUUUGUUUCUCGCUAUAUAACCAACUUUGUUUUCGUUCUCGUCUGUGUCAGUAGAUCUAAGUGACCGCUUUAAUCUAGGUCAUUCUGACCACGUUUCUUAGCGCAAACACAGGUACUCAAGGA